UCUCGUGCCGCUUAGCCACCAGUCUCCCGCCAACAAGCAAAAGGGCAAGCGCCACUUUUGCCACGUAUAUAUCCCUGUUUCAUCGUGAACGCAUAAACAUAGUUUUGCCGUGGUAUCGUGCUUCCUUUGGAAAACGUUGACAUUGUUAAAACUUUUCAUCGUUUGGAUAACGUCGAUCAGAAGGUUGACGAUUGUCGAACGACAGGGAGACACAACUCUCUCUCUUGUAAUCAUCGCUUUGCGUAACACGACGCCGAAAGUUUCGUUGAGUGUGAUCAAACACCGGGAACUCUUGUUCUUUAUUGUUGUGCGCGUGUGUGUCAAAUGGUGAGGUGAGAGUCGUCUGGGAAUCGUGGAGAAAAUCUCACGCAGUUCAAACAUGAGAAUCAAGAAGGAAGCACCGUGCCUCGUGUUGAGACUAGUUCCUCUGGAGAAUCUCGAGCCGUGGGGUGGACACAAGGAGUUCCACAGGCGGCACAGGGACCUCUGCGAGGAUACGCUUCUCCCAACAGUCGGAGCAGGUCCGUCCACUGUCGGUAGUUGUUCCAGUCCAGGACCAGGGUGUCCAGUAUUAAGUCUGUCCGGACCACCGACUCCGCAACCCGCGGACAUCGAUAGUCACCCAGCCUCGAGAGUUCUACCGUUCCUCUACCUUGGAAAUGGCAGGGACGCGGCCGACUUGCAACUUCUUCGCGCGUUAGGCGCAACCAGAGUCCUCAAUGUCACUUCACAGCUGCCUGGAUAUCACGAGGAGAGGGGUAUCACGUAUAGACAGAUCCCUGCCUCGGAUUCUGGCCACCAAAACCUUAAACAGUACUUCGAGGAGGCGUUCGACUUCAUUGAGGAAGCCCGAAAAGCCGGAAGCAGCGUGUUAGUGCAUUGUCAAGCGGGAGUAUCGCGCAGUGCGACAAUCGCAAUCGCGUAUAUAAUGCGACACAAGGGCCUGUCCAUGGUGGAGGCCUACAAAUUGGUGAAGAACGCACGACCUAUCAUCAGUCCUAAUCUCAACUUCAUGGGACAAUUGUUAGAGCUCGAGCAAGGUUUAAGGGCAUCAGGUGGCGUGGCGGCUGCUCCCGAGGAGCCAAAAAGCUGUCACCAAUGUCGCUGGUCUCAUCAGCAAAAUAGCGAGGAAGUUACUUCCGGUUGCAGCGUCUGAGUCGAGCGAAAUCACCAGGCGAGGAUCACCCGAUUCUCUCGCAUGACAAUCGGGUUCCAGCAGAAGAUCGAAAAGAAGAGAGCAGAAGAGCCCACGCGCGGUUCGCAAGGCUGUCUCGAUGUUUCGUGUCCAAAGACGCGAUCGAAAGACACAAUCUACACAUAUCCUACACGUAUAUCCGUUAAACGAACCGAAGUUGUCGUUCUUCCUGUUUCAUACACAAAACACAGACAGUAUACACACGUGCGAAGAACUCGGAUAACAUAACCUUGCUACACGUGCCUUGGCGAUCGGCCCUAAUAAACGGGAAAGGCUGAUUUACAGAGAGACACUUUUAUUUCUAUUAUCGAAUAACUUAUUCAGUGGUAAAGAACGUUCUGAGUGAGAGAGAACGCGUCGUUGACUUGUGAAUAACGAAGAAAGAGAAUACAAAUGCGGAUAAGUUAUAACACAUGUGCGUCCUCCAUCUUGGAACUUCGAAAACCAACAGGAUGAUGGCGCCUGUUAACACUUGAGUGAGCGCACGAAUUUCUUCCUGUGUACAUACAACGACGCGAGCUCCUCUCUAUGUUGCGAAUUAUUUAUGCGUUCAAGGGAGAGGGGAAAAGAGGGACGUUCACGCGGCGCUAGUUACGGAAGCUUCGUGCAAUCGUCAUGAAGAAAGGUUUGGUGUACUUACGCGACAGUGUUCCGUAGUUUUAUUAGUACAAAAUAUAACGUGGUAAGAGGCGCGUAUAUCGAAGGAAAUCAUAAAUAUUUUUUUUUUUUUUUUGUUUCUUGCGUAGUAAGUUGCAGUAGAGAGUAUGUAUAUUUGAUUUUAACAUGAUGAUACACAGUGUUCCACUUUUCUUGGAAAGAUCUACGCGUUUGUAAUUUAAAAAGUGAAUUUUAUUCGUUUAAUUUUUGUUCUUUUUAUAUGUGUAUAUUUUUUCUUUUAAAGUGUCAAGCGUCCACGUCUAAUUUGGCCACAAUUUUUUUCUUUCGAGUGAAUUGAAUACUAUUAAUUAUCUUGUAUUUAGGGACACUGCUUCUUCGAAACCGUCGUUGCGACAAAGAAGCAUCGAAUAAGAAUAUAGGAUUGAAUAAUUGCACUUGGGGAAGUCUUGCGAAAUUUUUUUUCUUUUUGCCAUCUAAAGGCGCGCGCGCAAGUGGACAAUUAACAAGGUGGGAUAAAUGUACGUCAAUUGAGAUCAAUAAUAAUUAUGUUUGCGUUUUUGCCUUUUGCCUACUUGUAUCUCUAUAUUCGUAAUGUUACAUUAUUCGAUAGCGAAGUGGUUUAUAUUUGAUAAAAUAAUAUAUCAUUAACUGGAAUUAGCUUAACCACGAGCUCCGUAGCAUUUAAGGAUCUGGUUGAGAUCCAACCAUCGUGAUCUAGUCGUUUGUUGGAAUGUAACUGAUAAUGAUGUUGACGAUAUGUAAGGUGCGAAAGAGAGAGCGAAAGAGAGAGUUCAAAUACCCCCGCCAACUAAUUAGAAUAAUUAGUAAGAACUAUAACUCGAGGGACGAAAAUAUUGCGAUUUUAAAAAUUAAGAUGCCAAACACGGAUUUUUAGUUUGGAUUCAAUGAGUUUCAAACUUCGGGGGUUAAAAUCGUGUGUAAUAGCCAAAAUUAUUAUCAUCUUUUGAUUUUGAAGUGUACAUAAAUAAUAAAUAUUAUCUCACGGGGAAAAAUAUAAUUAUAAAUUAAUAUUUUAAACCAAUUCUUCGUUUAACGAACAUCUUUGUAUCGCAAGAAAAUGGCCUCCAUUGAUCCUUCGUUUAAUCGAAUUAAAUCGCUUGUACGAUACGAAUACGAUUGCGAAUCUAACCUUGUCACUCUGUUUAUGUUUGUUAUUCUUUCGCAAUGUUUCACUGAUAAUAGUCCGAAUAAUGACGAAAAUAAUAUUGUGAAUAUGAUUUAUCUCGUUCCACGUUGUACAAAAUAUAAUCGUUGGAUUAUUUUUCAUCUAAUCGGCUCGUUCUGUUUCAAAAUUGUUUGAUAUCGAUGUGCGUGCGGUCUCAAAUUGUGCCGCACGAAGAGAAAUUCCUCGAUUAAGAAUUUGGUCAGUUAGUGUUAGAAGUAUUACAGGAAUGGAAAAGUGUCUUUUCCUCACGUGGCGUGAUUCAUUCGUAACGCGUGUAUAUCUAGUUUUUUUAAUCGCUUCUAUCUUAAAUCGUAAUGGAUGAUUCUUAUUCGUAAUAUUCGUAGAGAAACAACGAGUAUAAUCGUCAUAAAUGGGGGAAGAAAAAAAGAAAAAAAAAAGAAUCGUGCACGUAGUUCGCUUCAAUCGUCGAAAUACCUCGAGCAACGGCCUAAAUGGGACGUUGAUUAAACGUAAAAAAGAAUAAAAAUAAAGAAAAACGUGUGCGAAAUAACUGUACGACACGACAAUCGCCGCUGUUAAAUCAAACCGAGCAGCUGUUCAAAAAAAAAAAAAAA